AUUAUGUAGUGGUACGCGAUAUGCCGGCGUUUAUAAAAUGUGGGCCACUUCAGUACGCAGAUCGUCGAUGCGCGGGUCGCAUUACUCGAAGUCGAAACCGAUCGUUGGUCUACGUCUACGUGACGAUGAUCGACCUCGUCGUUUUUCAGCGCUCGGCUGUCAGGCUGUUUCGAUGGUGCCGUUGGCUGCUUUAUUAUCUUUACGCGAACGUGUCGAAUCUCGAAACUCCAACCAUAUUGAUUAGUAAUCGAUCAAUGAUUGGGCCAGUGAUAAUUAUGGAUUAUAUUGAAGCUAUAUCUAAUGCGUAUCUGACGAUAUUAUACGCUUAUGUCUACAGAACACCCGUAAUCAAUAUCCGCGAUCCGAGAGAUGCUAUAAUUAAUUUCGUAGACCGAAACCUGAGCCACACGAUUACCAUCGUAUGUGCUUGCCACCAGUUUAUAGCUUUCGGUUUAUAGCGUGUAUGUCGCAAGGUUUAGUCUGAGGUUUCGUCGAUGAAACGGGAAUCACUUUAUCAGGCUCUUACUUAACGCAAGAAACGAAUUGCCUGGAUAAGCGAGCAUUAAAUUCGCGAUGAUGUAGGACAGCAGCAUAACUUUCAGCAACAAGAAACUUUAUUAACGAAAGAUGAAGCAAACUUAUAGAAUAAAGGAUUCAUGCAUCAGCGUACUGUCAAAACUGCUUCUUUGUUAUAGCGACUUAUAUGCAACGUAUCGGAAUUUUUAGACUUAGGAACGUCCCGAACAAUUUUCAUCAAAAACUAAUAUUUCACAGUUUUCUCUCCGCUAGUCUAUUUUUUAAUAUAAUCUUCUUAAAAUUUUAUUUACAUAGUA